ACAAGUGACAAGUGAUUAUUGUUUACAUUAAUUUGUGUUGAUAGAAAUAUUUAAAAUUAUAAAUAAUUUGAAUUUGAUUUAUUACUGCAAGCGCUCACAAUAGUUGCAUAUUAAAAAAGAAACAAUAAUGCCACAGUAUAGGAUACUGUGAUAAUGCCUUAGGCUAAUAACUAGCAGUAAUAAAUUGUGUUUAAAGUAGAAAUGUAAAGAUUGCAAUUACAACAUGAAUCUCGGCGGUACCAUAAGAUUGAAUAAAUUCGGAAUAUUUAUAGUAUUAUGUAUAAUAUUCAUUUUUGGAUUACACGUAUUUACUAAAAAUUCAGAGGCUACCUCAGAAACAAAAAAAAUUAAUUUGUCCACUCUUCUAAAUGUAGCAAUAAAGGCAGCAGAAAAUGGUGGCAAGAGGGUAGUAGAAAGCAAAGAAAACAUGAACGUUCAAAGUAAAGGUUUAACCAAAGAGGGUAUGCAAGAAAGUGUAACUAAUGCUGAUAUUUUAUCUCACUGUGAUAUGACAAAAACAAUUAAAUAUUUCUUCCCUAGAGUGAAACUGAUUUCAGAAGAGAAUGUUAAAAACUGUGAUGAUAAAGCUAAUGUUGAUUAUUCGUUAAUGAAUGCUGUGGAUAUAAAUAAUAAUUUAAUUAAUGAAGAAGAUGUUACGAUUUGGAUAGAUCCAUUAGAUGCUACACAUGAAUAUACAGAGAAAUUAUACAUGUAUGUUACUACUAUGGUAUGUGUAGCUGUUAAAGGAAAACCUGUGAUGGGUGUUAUACAUAAGCCAUUUGAAAAAACUACCUCGUGGGUUUGGGUAGAUAAGGCCAAAUCAAAAGAUUUAAGCAAUCAGGAACCUGAAAAUAAAAGUCCUAAUAUAAAAGUAAUAGUGUCUCGUUCACAUAAAGGUGAUGUGGAAAAAAUUCUUCAAAAUAAUUUUAAACAAAAAGUAGACAUUAUAACUGCAGCUGGUGCUGGUUAUAAAGCUUUAGAAGUAGCAAAGAAGAAGGUAGAUGCGUAUAUACAUACAACAGCUAUCAAAAAGUGGGACCUAUGUGCAGGAAAUGCUGUUAUUAAUGCAUUGGGUGGAAAGAUGGUCAACAAGGAUGGUGCUGAGUUGGAUUACAGCAAUGACAUCGACGUGACAAACAAAGAUGGAUUAAUAGCUUCUCUAGACAAAUAUGAUACAUUUAUAGGAAAGCUUGAUAUUUAGUUCUAAAAGAUGUUUACUUGGCAACUUUUUUUAUAAUAUACUAUAGUAGACGGUUGUAUCAAUAUAUCACCAGGAACUGAAUAUUAAUGCUUUUACUUUCAAAUAUCUUUAAUCUAGUUUGACUAGAAUGUUUGAUUAUAACAUUAUCAGAUACAAUCAAAAUAAAAUACAUAUUGUUGCA